CAUUCCAGGACAAGAACGGGAAGCAGGGGGAACUCAGACUCCUCCCAGAAUCCUCCACCAGGAGGUCUUGGAAACGUCUUCUGGGUUCUUCUUGAUGAUGAAAUGGCCUCUGCAGGGCUCUCUGGAGAGAAGUUUCCACUGACUGUCAAAGUGGUGUCAGCAAAACCCAAGGCCCACGGGGGCCGACAGUCUCGGAUCACUUCCUUUGUGGAGGUGUCGGCAGACGGGCUCGCCAGCGAGACCAGGAAGACCGCCAAGAAAGCAGGGACCUCUGAGCUGCUCUGGAAUGAGAGCCUCGUGCUGAACGUCACGGCUCAGACCCUGCUGGACGUGAAGCUGUGGAGCUGCCACACCCUCCGGAAUGAGCUGCUGGGCGUGGCGUCGGUCAGUCUCGCCAGCCUGCUGAAGCAGACCAAGGGGAAAGUGGAGAACAAGCAGCUGAUCCUGAACCUGCAGAUGGAGAACAAAGGCAGCCUUGUGUCGGGCGGGGAGCUGACGCUUUUCCUGGACGGACCCGGUGUUGACGUGGGAAGCCUGCCCAACGGCAGCGUCCUGGUGGAGGGACCCCAGGUGGCUGGGAGGGAGCCCGGUGGCCCCACGUCCUCCUUGGAGAACAGGCACCCGCCCCCCAGCACCCACUGCUUUGGGGGCCGAUCCAAGACGAACAGACCUGUGCCUGGAACGGCCAGGCAGGGCAUCGCCAACGGGGAGCAGAGCCCAAGCCCCAGAGCCCGGCAUCCUCAGGCAGCCAAGACCCCAGGCGGCGCUGUGAACGGCACAGUGAACGGGGAGUCCUCUGGAUCGGCUCCUGAGACAGAGGAGGAACCGGCUGUGGCCCCCGCAGCUGCCUCCAGCGGCCCCCCUGACUCUGGCGCAGCUCCUGAGGCGGUGGCGGUGGCAGCGGAGUCUAAUCCUGCUUCAGGGAGCCAGCCGUCCCAGCCCACCGGCCAAGCUCUGGACGCGCUGCCCCCCGGGUGGGAGCAACGGGAGCUGCCAAACAGGAGAGUGUACUAUGUGGACCACAACACCAAGACCACCACCUGGGAGCGCCCUCUUCCACCAGGCUGGGAGAAGCGCGUCGACCCCCGGGGCAGGUGCUACUACGUGGACCACAACACUCGCACCACCACAUGGCAGCGCCCCACCGCCGAGUACGUGCGCAACUACGAGCAGUGGCAGAGUCAGCGCAACCAGCUCCAGGGGGCCAUGCAGCAGUUCAGCCAGCGGUUCCUCUAUCAGUCAUCGGGAGCCCCUCCUGAGAAUGACCCCCUCGGCCCCCUUCCUCCCGGCUGGGAAAAGAGACAGGACAAUGGCCGGGUCUACUACGUGAACCACAACACCCGCACCACACAAUGGGAGGAUCCCCGCACGCAGGGGAUGAUCCAGGAGCCGGCCCUCCCCGCCGGCUGGGAGAUGAAAUACACCAACGAGCGGGUGCGCUAUUUUGUGGACCACAACACCCGCACCACCACCUUCAAGGACCCCCGCCCUGGCUUUGAGUCCGGAAACAAGCAAGGGGGCUCGCCGGGAGCCUACGACCGAAGCUUUCGCUGGAAGUUCCACCAGUUCCGUUUCCUCUGCCACUCCAACGCCCUGCCCAGCCAUGUCAAGAUCAGUGUCUCACGGCAAACGCUUUUUGAAGAUUCCUUCCAGCAGAUCAUGAACAUGAAGCCCUAUGACCUCCGUCGGCGGCUUUACAUCAUCAUGCGCGGGGAAGAGGGCCUGGAUUACGGAGGCAUCGCCCGCGAGUGGUUCUUCCUCCUGUCCCAUGAGGUCCUCAACCCCAUGUACUGCCUCUUCGAAUAUGCCGGCAAGAACAAUUACUGCCUCCAGAUCAACCCGGCCUCAUCCAUCAAUCCGGACCACCUGUUCUACUUCCGCUUUAUCGGGCGGUUCAUUGCCAUGGCCUUAUACCAUGGGAAGUUCAUUGACACCGGCUUUACGCUGCCCUUCUACAAGCGCAUGCUGAACAAGCGUCCGACCCUCAAGGAUCUGGAAUCCAUUGACCCCGAGUUCUACAACUCCAUCGUCUGGAUCAAGGAGAACAACCUGGAGGAAUGCGGGCUGGAGCUCUACUUCAUCCAGGACAUGGAGAUCUUGGGCAAGGUGACCACCCAUGAGCUAAAGGAAGGUGGGGAGAGCAUCCGGGUCACCGAGGAGAACAAGGAGGAGUACAUCAUGCUGCUGACAGACUGGCGCUUCACCCGGGGGGUGGAGGAACAGACCAAAGUCUUCCUGGAUGGCUUCAACGAGGUGGCGCCGCUGGAGUGGCUGCGAUACUUUGAUGAGAAGGAGCUAGAGCUGAUGCUGUGUGGCAUGCAGGAGAUUGACAUAAACGACUGGCAGAAGAACACCAUUUACCGGCACUACACCAAAACCAGCAAGCAGAUCCAGUGGUUCUGGCAGGUUGUCAAGGAAAUGGACAACGAGAAGAGGAUCCGCCUUCUGCAGUUCGUCACUGGGACCUGCCGUCUGCCGGUCGGAGGGUUUGCUGAGCUGAUUGGUAGCAAUGGGCCACAGAAAUUUUGCAUCGAUAAGGUUGGCAAGGAGACCUGGCUGCCUCGUAGUCACACCUGCUUCAACCGCCUGGAUUUGCCUCCUUACAAGAGCUACGAGCAGCUGAAGGAGAAGCUUCUCUAUGCCAUCGAGGAGACGGAGGGCUUCGGGCAGGAGUGAGGAGGGGCCCCGGAGGCAUUGGGCCAUAACCUCUGGGGAGAACCAUCCCAGAUCCAUGGAAAAGGGAGCAGAAAACCCCGGGAAAGGUGGGGACGUAGCUUCUUCUGAGGAAUUCCUCAGGCUUUGACUCUGAGCAACGCAGUCCUUCGGCCCCACCCCUGGGCAUCCUGGUGUCUUGCCCCAGAUUCUUCUGAGUGAUCCAGAUGCCCCUGGCCCUCCCUCCCUCCCUCCCUUCCUCCCACAAAGCCUGUGGCUGUCCAGGCAGCCUGAUCAUGAUGAUCUGAACCAGAAAGCACUCAGCAUUGAAGGAGGAGCACUUUGAGACCCACCCCCACCCCCACCCCGAUGCUUCUCGUACAGCAGAAAGCUGGCAGGGGCGAUGGAGCACCGAGGAGGCUGGGAGUGGCCAGAGGUGGCUUUGAAUCCAGGAUGGGAGGCCUUCUGGUUUUCCUAUGCCUUCUCUCCCCCCCCCUUUUUUCCCCCCACAAGGCCCUUUCCUGCUUCCUUCUGCCAAGUUUCAGGAAAGGCCUCUGGUUUUCGCAGCCUCCCUUGGGCUGGGAGCCACGGAGGGAGUUGGAGCCAUGGUAACCCCCUACUUCUCAAACUCACCAAGUGGAAGAUGUGACUCAGGGCGGAGCCCUGGACAGUUUGCUGGUACCCCGUGGGCGUGGUGGCCUAGCCCUGACGUCUCAGGGACGGGCGGUGGGCUCUUAAAACCAGCAAGGCAUACCCCCCCAUGCAGCCCCCUUCUUAAAAGCAAAAACAAAACAAAUUAAAAACAACAACCAGCCAAUCCAGCUCGAGGCACAAGGUGCUCAGGCAGAGCGAGGCCGAUGAGAUGCAGAGCCCCCAUCUCCCCAUUUGGGGGCGGCAGGGGGGGGCUUCCUUCUCUGGAAGAGCCGGUGUCCUGAGAGAAGUUUGGAUUUGGGAGCAGAGCUUGCUUGGAAAACUUCCGCAGAUUCUCCCAGACAGAGCGGAGGGCUCCAGACAGUAAGAAGAGGGGGACAGAUUUAAAAAGAGAGAGAGAAGGAGGGAGAGAGAGAGAGAAAAAAA